GCGUGAGUGAUAAGCAGUAUCAUACACAAUACAACUAUCGUAGCUAUCAAAGCAACUCGUGGACUGAUAAGGUGUAAACAAUAACAAUACCGAUCGACCAAAAUGCCUCGCUGCGAAAAGAAAACCGCAUCCUCCAUGAAGUGCGACAAAUCCGGAUGCUUUUGCAUCCCAACUGAUGGCAAGCCUUGCAUCUGCGUUUGCGAGGAUGCAUCCGGCAAGAUCAUCCGUUGCGACGACUGCAAAUGCGUCGAAGAGGACUGCAACUGCAAGUGCGUGGAUUCCGAAUGCGUUUGCAUCCCUUCUAAAGGAAAAUCCUGCAUUUGCGUAUGCAAAGACGAAAACGGAAAAAUUGUAUCAUGCGAUGACUGCUCGUGUACUACUGAAUGUGAAGUGAAAUGUGCCAAAAAAUGCGACAAGAAAGGAUGCGUUUGCAUCCCAACCGACGGCAAAAAUUGCAUCUGUGUCUGCGAGGAUGAAGCUGGCAAGAUCAUCCGUUGCAACGACUGCAAAUGCACUGGCGAAUGUAAAUGCAAGUGUGACGAUAGCAAAUGCAUUUGCAUCCCAACAGGCGGAAAGUGUUGCAUCGGUGUUUGCAAGGAUGCAAAAGGCGGCUUCAAGCGAUGCGAUGACUGUUGUUGCUCUACCGUAGUAUCCAAAUCUGGUUGUGGCAAGAAGUGCGACAAGAAAGGAUGCGUCUGCAUCCCAACCGACGGCAAAGAUUGCAUCUGUGUCUGCGAGGAUGAAGCUGGCAAGAUCAUCCGUUGCAAUGACUGCAAAUGCAUCGGCGAUUGCAAGUGCAAGUGUGACGAUAGCAAAUGCAUCUGCAUCCCAACUGGCGGAAAGUGUUGCAUCUGUGUUUGCAAGGAUGCAAAAGGUGGCUUCAAACGAUGCGAUGAUUGUUGCUGCUCUGCCGAAGAAUUCAAGAAUGGUUGCGGCAAGAAAUGCGACAAGAAAGGAUGCGUCUGCAUCCCAACCGACGGCAAAGACUGCAUUUGUGUCUGCGAGGAUGACACUGGCAAGAUCAUCCGUUGCGACGACUGCAAAUGCAUCGGCGACUGCAAGUGCAAGUGUGACGAUAGCAAAUGCAUCUGCAUCCCAACAGGCGGAAAGUGUUGCAUCGGUGUUUGCAAGGAUGCAAAAGGCGGCUUCAAGCGAUGCGAUGACUGUUGUUGCUCUACCGUAGUAUCCAAAUCUGGUUGUGGCAAGAAGUGCGACAAGAAAGGAUGCGUCUGCAUCCCAACCGACGGCAAAGAUUGCAUUUGUGUCUGCGAGGAUGAAGCUGGCAAGAUCAUCCGUUGCGACGACUGCAAAUGCAUCGGAGACUGCAAGUGCAAGUGUGACGACAGCAAAUGCAUCUGCAUCCCAACUGGCGGAAAGUGUUGCAUCUGUGUUUGCAAGGAUGCAAAAGGCGGCUUCAAACGUUGCGAUGACUGUUGCUGCACUGCCGUAGUAUCCAAGGCUGGUUGUGCCAAGAAGUGCGACAAGAAAGGAUGCAUUUGCAUCCCAACUGAUGGUAAAGAUUGCAUCUGUGUCUGCGAGGAUGCAUCCGGCAAGAUCAUCCGUUGUGACGACUGCAAGUGCAUUGGCGAAUGUAAAUGCAAGUGUGAUGAUAGCAAAUGCAUCUGCAUCCCAACUGGCGGAAAGUGUUGCAUCUGUGUUUGCAAGGAUGCAAAAGGCGGCUUCAAGCGAUGCGAUGACUGCUGCUGCUCUACCGAAGAAUCCAAGACUGGUUGCGGCAAGAAGUGCGACAAGAAAGGAUGCGUCUGCAUCCCAACCGACGGCAAAGAUUGCAUCUGUGUCUGCGAGGAUGCAUCCGGCAAGAUCAUCCGUUGCAACGACUGCAAAUGCACUGGCGAAUGUAAAUGCAAGUGUGACGAUAGAAAAUGCAUUUGCAUCCCAACUGGCGGAAAGUGUUGCAUCUGUGUUUGCAAGGAUGCAAAAGGCGGCUUCAAGCGAUGCGAUGACUGUUGCUGCACUGCCGUAGUAUCCAAGGCUGGUUGUGCCAAGAAGUGUGACAAGAAAGGAUGCAUUUGCAUCCCAACUGAUGGUAAAGAUUGCAUCUGUGUCUGCGAGGAUGCAUCCGGCAAGAUCAUCCGUUGUGACGACUGCAAGUGCAUUGGCGAAUGUAAAUGCAAGUGUGACGAUAGCAAAUGCAUCUGCAUCCCAACUGGCGGAAAGUGUUGCAUCUGUGUUUGCAAGGAUGCAAAAGGCGGCUUCAAGCGAUGCGAUGACUGCUGCUGCUCUACCGAAGAAUCCAAGACUGGUUGCGGCAAGAAGUGCGACAAGAAAGGAUGCAUUUGCAUCCCAACUGAUGGUAAAGAUUGCAUCUGUGUCUGCGAGGAUGCAUCCGGCAAGAUCAUCCGUUGUGACGACUGCAAGUGCAUUGGCGAAUGUAAAUGCAAGUGUGAUGAUAGCAAAUGCAUCUGCAUCCCAACUGGCGGAAAGUGUUGCAUCUGUGUUUGCAAGGAUGCAAAAGGCGGCUUCAAACGAUGCGAUGACUGUUGCUGCACUGCCGUAGUAUCCAAGGCUGGUUGUGCCAAGAAGUGUGACAAGAAAGGAUGCAUUUGCAUCCCAACUGAUGGUAAAGAUUGCAUCUGUGUCUGCGAGGAUGCAUCCGGCAAGAUCAUCCGUUGUGACGACUGCAAGUGCAUUGGCGAAUGUAAAUGCAAGUGUGACGACAGCAAAUGCAUCUGCAUCCCAACUGGCGGAAAGUGUUGCAUCUGUGUUUGCAAGGACGCAAAAGGCGGUUUCAAACGAUACUAUGAUUGCUGCUGCUCUGCCGAAGAACCCAAGACUGGUUGCGGCAAGAAGUGCGACAAGAAAGGAUGCGUCUGCAUCCCUACCGACGGCAAAGAUUGCAUUUGUGUCUGCGAGGAUGCAUCCGGCAAGAUCAUCCGUUGCAACGACUGCAAAUGCACUGGCGAAUGUAAAUGCAAGUGUGACGAUAGAAAAUGCAUUUGCAUCCCAACUGGCGGAAAGUGUUGCAUCUGUGUUUGCAAGGAUGCAAAAGGCGGCUUCAAGCGAUGCGAUGACUGUUGCUGCACUGCCGUAGUAUCCAAGGCUGGCUGUGGCAAGAAAUGCGACAAGAAAGGAUGCGUCUGCAUCCCAACCGACGGCAAGGAUUGCGUUUGUGUCUGUGAGGAUGCAUCCGGCAAGAUCAUCCGUUGCGACGACUGCAAGUGUAUUGGCGACUGCAAGUGCAAGUGUGACGAUAGCAAAUGCAUCUGCAUCCCAACUGGCGGAAAGUGUUGCAUCUGUGUUUGCAAGGAUGCAAAAGGCGGCUUCAAACGAUGCGAUGACUGCUGCUGCUCUACCGAAGAAUCCAAGACUGGUUGCGGCCAGAAAUGCGACAAGAAAGGAUGCGUCUGCAUCCCAACCGACGGCAAAUAUUGCAUCUGUGUUUGUGAGGAUGAAGCUGGCAAGAUCAUCCGUUGCGACGACUGCAAGUGCAUUGGCGACUGCAAGUGCAAGUGUGACGACAGCAAAUGCAUCUGCAUCCCAACUGGCGGAAAGUGUUGCAUCUGUGUUUGCAAGGAUGCAAAAGGCGGCUUCAAGCGAUGCGAUGACUGUUGCUGCUCUACCGUAGUAUCCAAGCCUGGUUGUGCCAAGAAAUGUGACAAGAAAGGAUGCGUCUGCAUCCCAACCGACGGCAAAGACUGCAUUUGUGUCUGCGAGGAUGACACUGGCAAGAUCAUCCGUUGUGACAACUGCAAGUGUAUUGGCGACUGCAAGUGCAAGUGUGACGAUAGCAAAUGCAUCUGCAUCCCAACUGGCGGAAAGUGUUGCAUUUGUGUUUGCAAGGAUGCAAAAGGCGGCUUCAAACGAUGCGAUGACUGUUGCUGCUCUACUGUUGAAACUAAAGAUGGUUGCGGCAAGAAGUGCGACAAAAAAGGAUGCGUCUGCAUCCCAACCGACGGCAAGAAUUGCAUCUGUGUCUGUGAGGAUGCAUCUGGCAAGAUCAUCCGUUGCGACGACUGCAAAUGCAUCGGAGAAUGCAAGUGCAAGUGUGACGAUAGCAAAUGCAUCUGCAUCCCAACUGGAGGAAAGUGUUGCAUUUGUGUUUGCAAGGAUGCAAAAGGCGGCUUCAAACGAUGCGAUGACUGUUGCUGCUCUACUGUAGAAACUAAAGAUGGUUGCGGCAAGAAGUGCGACAAAAAAGGAUGCGUCUGCAUCCCAACCGACGGCCAGAAUUGCAUCUGUGUCUGCGAGGAUGCAUCCGGCAAGAUCAUCCGUUGUGACGACUGCAAAUGCAUCGGAGAAUGCAAGUGCAAGUGUGAUGAUAGCAAAUGCAUCUGCAUCCCAACUGGUGGAAAGUGUUGCAUAUGUGUUUGCAAGGAUGCAAAAGGCGGCUUCAAACGAUGCGAUGACUGUUGCUGCUCUGCCGAAGAAUCCAAGGCUUGUUGCGGCAAGAAAUGCGACAAGAAAGGAUGCGUCUGCAUCCCAACCGACGGCAAAGACUGCAUUUGUGUCUGCGAGGAUGACACUGGCAAGAUCAUUCGUUGUGACGACUGCAAAUGUGUUGGAGGAGGAUGCGUAUGCAAAUGUGUCGAUUCAAAAUGCGUAUGCCUACCUACAAAGGGCAAAGCUUGUAUUUGUGUCUGCAAGGAUGCUAAAGGUGCGUUCAUAACAUGCGAUGACUGCACUUGCUCUACAGGAGGGGCUUCAGCCAAAUCUGGAUGCAGCGGUUCAAAAUGUUGUUAAAAAAGUACAAUCGCCCGUAUUCACAAACAUUACUAUGAGGUCUCACAGUGCGCGUGGACGCACAGGGUGACACGGACCAAUCACAGAGCUCUAUUCAACGCUGUGCGUUCAAUUUGUUUCUUCACUUAAUCCAGCAUCGUUUGUGAACACGGGCGUAAGUAAUAUACUAUAAACUUGUUUACCCAUAUAUUGUAUAAAUUGUAUAAUUAUUAUGCUUAUUCAACAAUUUUAUUGGAAAUGCAUAUUGUGAUUUAACCCUACUAUUGUUUUAUAUUAUUAUAUCCUUUUUUAAAUAAACAUUUAUCCGAUUGA